AAUAUGUUCAGUAAAUAUUAAUAACACUGACAGCGCCCAUGAGGGGGCGAUCCGCUCCACACAGAAUCAAACAGCAUUUUCCCCUCUUAAAGACUCUUCAACUCAUGUGAGAGAUCGCUGUAAUGAUAUUUUGUUGAUUUUUUUGCAGUUUCCACAUUAUUUAAGACGUAUAGGCUAGGCUUCCACUUGGUUAUCACUAAAUUUCUCGUAAUGAUGCAGCCAUGACAUAAAUGCACUUGAUUUGAUGAACACACUCAGCUUUCCAGGAGCGCGACGUGUAAUUUACUGAAACCGACACCAAAAAUCGGAAAUUUCCUGAAAAAGAAGAAUUUGGCCAAACUUUGCGUGUUUCUACCUACUUCUACUCCUGAAGUAAAGCGGUUCUCUAACUGCUUUUUCUGGAGUGAGAGAUUCAUGAAGACAGCAAACCGAUGUCCACUGAUCACACUUCUGCCAAACACUCCUCUGUCCAUCAACGGAUGAACGCCGACUUCGAAAAGUAUCCCCGGUACUGCAAAAGGUGGAGCAAUGAUGACAUUCACAGGCAUGCACUGGCUAAAAGCCGUCGCAUGGCUAUGCGAAGACCGGCUCACAUGUUUAAUGCCCGUUACAACAAUCUAUCCCCAACUGAAGAGCGUUUCCUAGAAGCAGCCGAAUAUGGAAAUAUCCCUGUCAUCCGUAGGAUGCUAGAAGAACUCCCAGAACUUAAUGUCAACUGUGUGGACUACAUGGGCCAGAAUGCAUUGCAACUCGCAGUUGCCAAUGAGCACCUUGAAGUGACAGAACUCUUGCUGAAGAAGGAGAACCUGGCCCGCAUAGGUGAUGCUCUGCUUUUAGCCAUAAGCAAAGGCUACAUUCGUAUUGUGGAGGCCAUUUUGAGCCACCAGGCCUUUGCUGACACAACCAAACUCACCAGCAGCCCCCUUCAGGCAGAGACUCAAGAUGACUUCUUUGCCUAUGACGAGGACGGUACUCGGUUUUCCCAUGAUAUCACACCCAUUAUAUUAGCUUCUCAUUGCCACGAAUACGAGAUUGUGCACAUUCUCCUAAGGAAGGGUGCCUGCAUUGCGCGCCCACAUGACUACUUCUGCAAAUGCAACGGCUGUCUUUAUCACCAGAGGCAUGACUCUUUUAGCCACUCACGCUCCAGAAUCAAUGCCUACAAGGGGCUGGCAAGUCCAGCUUACCUGUCCCUGUCCAGCGAGGACCCAGUACUAACGGCUCUGGAGCUCAGCAAUGAACUGGCUGUACUUGCCAACAUAGAAAAAGAGUUUAAGAAUGAUUAUAAGACGCUGUCUAUGCAAUGUAAGGAUUUUGUAGUUGGACUUCUGGAUCUGUGUCGCAAUACAGAGGAAGUGGAAGCCAUUUUAAACGGAGACACAGAGGCGGGGGGCCACUUUGACAAGGGUGACAGACCUAAUCUAGUUCGAUUAAAGCUAGCCAUCAAAUACGAGCUGAAAAAGUUUGUAGCCCAUCCAAACUGCCAACAGCAGCUUUUGUCCAUAUGGUAUGAGAAUCUGUCUGGGCUCAGGCAGCAGACCACGGCGGUCAAGUUACUGGUGGUUCUGGGGGUGGUGGUUGGACUUCCCAUCCUGGCCCUACUGUACUGGAUAGCACCCUCAAGCAAGUUGGGGAAGAUCAUCCGUGGUCCCUUCCUUAAAUUUGUGGCACAUGCAGCGUCUUUCACGAUCUUUCUUGGCCUUCUCAUCAUGAACGCCGCUGACCGUUUUGAAGGAACUUCUCUUUUACCAAACAUGACCAUCCAUGAUCAUCCAUCCCAGUUGUUCCGCAUGAAGACCACCCCUUUUACCUGGAUGGAAAUGCUGAUCAUUUCCUGGGUUGUAGGAAUGAUUUGGGCUGAAUGUAAAGAAAUUUGGUCUCUUGGUCCUCGGGAAUAUCUACUGGAGCCUUGGAAUUUGCUGGAUUUUGGAAUGCUGGCCAUUUUCGUGACUUCGUUCAUUGCUAGAUUUAUGGCAUUUUAUCAUGCAAAUGUUGCACAGAACUAUGUGGAUAAGCGCUACACGGAUCUGUCAAACAUUACGUUGCCCCUUGAGAUUGAAUACUAUCGCCUCGCUCGUGUCCACUGGGUUCCAUCAGAUCCUCAGCUGAUCUCAGAGGGACUUUACGCCAUCGCAGUGGUUUUGAGCUUCUCUCGUAUCGCGUACAUCCUUCCAGCCAACGAGAGCUUUGGACCCUUGCAGAUCUCCCUUGGCAGGACGGUCAAAGACAUAUUUAAAUUCAUGGUGAUCUUCAUAAUGGUGUUUGUGGCCUUCAUGAUUGGAAUGUUUAACCUCUACUCAUACUACCGAGGAGCGAAGCAGAACGGCGCCUUCACCACUGUUGAGGAGAGCUUCAAAACUUUAUUCUGGGCUAUUUUUGGACUUUCCGAGGUCAAGUCUGUCGUCAUCAACAACGGGCACAAAUUCAUCGAGAAUAUUGGCUACGUUCUUUAUGGAGUCUACAACGUUACCAUGGUUAUCGUCUUACUCAACAUGCUCAUCGCUAUGAUCAACAACUCAUUUCAGGAAAUUGAGGAUGAUGCAGAUGUGGAGUGGAAGUUUGCCAGGGCGAAGCUGUGGUUCUCAUACUUUGAGGAAGGAGGGACUCUCCCUGUGCCGUUUAACCUCAUCCCCAGCCCUAAAUCAGUCAUCAGCCUGGCUAUGAGACUCAAACGCCUACUGCUGAUUCCUCUUCACAGACACAAAGAGGACCUAAAGGAGGACACAGAGCUCAACGAGUCUGGAAAACAAAAAGAGUCCAGUGAGAAGAAUUCACCUCACACAAGUCGUUAUCAGAGGAUCAUGAAACGGCUAAUCAAACGAUAUGUGAUCAAAGCACAGACCGAUAAAGAAGGAGAUGAGGUUAAUGAAGGGGAACUAAAGGAGAUCAAGCAGGACAUCUCCAGUUUACGCUUUGAGCUCCUGGAGGAAAAGUCCCGUCAGACGGAGGAACUAGCAGAACUGGUCCGACGACUAGAAGAAAGACUAAUCAGUCAAUACAAAAUAUAGUUUGGUCUUUUGGUUCACACUAGAUACCCGCUAUGGUGACUCAGAAUGAAUACAUUGAUUUUCUGCUCUGUGUAAAAUCUGUUAUUUAAUAGUUUGCUGUGUUUUGCUAUUCAUUUUCUAUUUAUUUACAUUUUCGUUUUGCAGUGUAGGACCUUAAUCUCUGCUCUGAUGCUCUGAAAUUGUUUUCAUACAAUAGACUUUUGUCAUCAUUUUUAUUAGUUUUCAAUUAAUUCUUUUUCUGGUUUGGUCAUGUAAAUUACAAGAUUAUUAAACCUAAUAUUAAACCAAAAUUAAGUUAAACCAUUCAAAUCUUAAAAAGGGGUGAUACGGUGGCUCAGUGGUUAGCACUGUCGUCUCACAGCAAGAAGGUUGCAGGUUUGAGCCGUGGCUGGACCAGUUGGCAUUUCUGUGUGGAGAAUGUUGGUGUCACCCCUAUGUUGGUGUGGGUUUCCUCUGAGUACUCCCCUACAGUUCAAAGACAUGCGGUACAGGUGAAUUGACCAAACAAAACUGGCUGUAGUGUUAAACACAUUCUGGAGGCGGUUCAUUCCCCUCUGGCAACCUCUUAUAAUCAGAGACUAAGCCUAGGGAAAAUGAAUGAAUAAAUGAAGGGUAAGAAGCCCAGAUACGUUGCAAGUCAAAAUGAAUAGCCCUCCUGUGAAUCUUUCUUUUUUAAAUAUUUCUAAAAUCAUGUUUAACAGAGCAAGAAAGUGAUCAGCCUUCGAAAACCACAGAACAUACAGUUGAAGUCAGAAUUACUAGCCCCCUGAAUUAUUUAUGGACUCAAUAAAUAAUUGAUUUAUUAUUUCCC